AUGCAACUUUUCUGUCUCCGCUUUUCAGAGAUGGUGAGGAAGAAGAACCCCCCUAUCCGGAGUGUGGGAGGUGAGGAGGAGGAGGAAGAAGAGGGGAGGAGGCCAGCAGCAGGAGAAGAGGAGGAGGAGGGAGAGGAAGAGGGGAGAGUGGGAGCAGAGGCCGAACGGAUAAACCGACCCUCUGAGCCAGAGUCCUCCGAGCGGGUCAGAGGCGAUGAGGAGCAGGAAGAGGAGGAGGAGGGAGAAAGUGAGUGUGUUUCCUCAUCUGUCUCUCCCUCAUCAGUGGGUGAUCGCUACGCUAAUGAGGAGAGAGGGGCCAGGAGAGGAGGAGGAGGAGGAGGAGGAGGAGGGGGCAGGUCCAAACAAGGCAACGCGGCGUUGACUGACAGACCCGAGAGCCAGUCGGAGCCCGAGGACGGGGAGAAGGGGGCGGAGGAGAAGGAGAGGAGCGACCGCGUCUCACCUCCUCUGCUCUCCGCUCCCCACCUCCUCCCCAGACAGGAAGGAGGGGAGGAGUCGACAACCGACACCCCUCCGCUCUCCUCCAGCCCCUCUCCCAAGCUCCAGGACUUCAAGUGCAACGUGUGCGGUUACGGUUACUAUGGCAACGACCCCGCCGACCUGGUGAAGCACUUUAGGAAGUAUCACCUGGGUCUGCACAACCGCACACGGCAGGAUGCUGCCCUCGACACACACAUCCUGGCCCUCCACAACAUGGCCCCUCAGCACACACCUCUAGACAUACAGACAGGACAAGGGCAGAGGAACCAAGCCAAAGAGUCGGGGAAGACGAGGCCAGACAUACACACUCAACAGCAUAGGGCAGUUAUGAUGAAUGGCACAUAUGACGUACAGGUGACCUUGGGAGGCACGUUAAUUGGGAUUGGCCGGAAGACCUCUGACUGUCAGGGAAACACUAAGUACUUUCGCUGCAAAUUCUGCAACUUCACCUACAUGGGCAGCAACUCCUCAGAACUUGAACAGCACUUCCUGUCCUCGCAUCCGAACAAAGUGAAAACUCCCCCGACCACACCCCUGCUGGCUACAAACAACGUGGCCAAGCACGAGAACCAGGCGCCGGGCCGGAGUCCGAUCAUCGACGGGGCGGAGCGAGUGGCAGUGAGAGCGGAAGACGACACCGUGGUCGGGUACUGCAUCCCGGUCCGGGCGUCUUCGGAUUCGUCCAGCUGGGUGGGGGAGCCGGGCCGAGGCGGCGUGCAGGCGUAUUACUGGUGUAAAUUCUGCAGCUGGAGUUGCGAGUGGUCAGGGGGCUCGGCCAAGCUCUUGGAGCACUAUGAACAGAGACAUCGAAUGAGCGUGGGAGGAACUAUGAGCCCCAGCAACUCUACUCCUGGGGCGCUGGACAGAGAGCGGGAGAGAGGAGGGAGGAGAGAAGGAGGCGAGCGAGACCACACGGCCUCCAAGAGCCGCAAAGAUCCAUCAUCAAACCCAUCCAGCACCAGCCAAGGAGACCCGAACAGCAGCGACCCAGAAGCAGUCGUGACCAGUUAUAACUGUCAGUUGUGCGACUUCCGGUACUCGAUGGCCCACAGCGCUGACGUCAUCGUCGUGGCGCCGUUGCUGCUGCACUAUCAGCACAACCACUCCAUCCACCGGUGCUGCAUCCAGCACUGCAUGUACUGUCCCCAGGGGCUCUGCCAGCCACACAAACACUUGGGGGAGGUGUCCCACCCCUUUGCCUGUCGGAAACCCGUCUGCCCUAAAUGCUGUUCCAAGCUCUCUCCGUCCACCAAGCAGCAGGACGCAGCCGGUUCGAAACCUGCCGCCACCUCACCCAGCAUGACCCUUCCUAACCCUAGAGCCGAACCAGGCGUCACCCACUUGUGUGACCAGUGUGCGUUCGCCACGACCGACAUCGACGUCCUGCUGCAGCACUACGAAACCUGCCAUACCCGGAUCAACCUGAAGGGGGCCUCCCCGCACGUCAAGGCCGAGGAAGAGGUCGGAGUCGACAAUGAUGUUGGCGGAGGAGAGAGGGAGUUCUCUUGCACAAAGUGUCACUUCAUCACAGAAGUGGAGGAAGAGAUUUUUAGACACUACAGGCGUGUCCAUUCGUGUUGCCGUUGCCGACGCUGCGACUUUACGGCUCCAGAUUCAUCAGCCCUCCUCGAGCAUUUUAACUCUGUCCACUGUCACGACUCCUCUCCCUCAUUAAGCUCAUUUGUUACGACCUCCUUACCCACAUCGCUGACGCCUUCAUUAACACUCUCUGCCAAUGGCUGCUCAGCUCCCUCCACUUUAGCCAUUAAAGAAGAGAGCAAAGGGGAUCUUCGCCUCCUCUAUUCCCUCGCGCCACCCGAGGGUCGCCUGGCAGAAGGUGGCAGAGAGGAGGGAGGAGGGGUGGUGAAAAGCGAGGGAGGGGAGGAGAAAGAAAGAGAGCGGGAGAAAGGCUGGGUCCUUGGGGAGACGAGAGGAAUAGGUGAAAGAGGAGGUGAGCAGGCCCAUGGUUUGCUGUGGGUGCCCAAGGAGCGAAUGGGACCCGACAGAGGAGUAGAAAGAGGAACAGGAGGCGGGAGCCCCUCUUUUUUCCCCUCCCCCCUCCCAUUGUCUUAUGUUUCAGCCAAUCACGAGGCCUCGCAGCAUAAACGGGGCGUGGCUUCGCCGAGCAUGGUUUACCUGGGAGACACAAAGUCAUUUUUGGGAGAUACCAAGUCGUUUUUGGGAGACGCCAAGCUGUACGGAGGGGGACGGCAAGGAGGAGGAGGUGGCGCCGCAGGUGGAGGGGAGAAGCAGAGCCCGAUGCCCUCUCAGCAGUAUACAGGAGGAGGAGGACAGGAGGGCAAAGGAGGAGCUGCAAAAGAGGAGUCCCAGUCCCUGCUACGGCGACGCAGAGGCAGCGGCGUCUUCUGUGCCAACUGCCUGACCACCAAGACAUCGUUGUGGAGGAAGAACGCUAACGGAGGCUACGUCUGCAACGCGUGUGGUUUAUACCAAAAACUGCAUUCGACACCCAGACCUCUAAACAUAAUCAAGCAGAACAACGGCGAACAAAUUAUCCGACGGCGAACCCGCAAACGCAUCAACCCCGACUCGCUGUCGUCUGAAAACCCCACCCCCAAGCAGCAGCGAAUCACCAGCGAGGAGCGCAUGAACGGGGAGGAGUCUGACCGGAGCUGCACGUCGAUGAAGAACCAGCAGCCCUCCCCCCGCUCCCGCUCGCCCCGUUCCACUCAAGCCUUCUUAGCCAAUCAAACGCUGGAGAUCCACAGACGCAUGCCUCCCCUCCUCGUCCCUUCGCACCCCCCCUCCUCGCUGGUAGUCGAGGGCAAUGGCGGCAUGGCAGAGGGUGUAAUAUCAUCAAAGUUAGAGGGAGUCAAAGGGGGAGGGGGGUCCGAACGAGGCAGUCCCAUUGAAAAAUACAUGCGUCCGUCCAAACCGUCUAGCUAUUCGCCUCCUGGGUCACCGAUUGAAAAGUACCAGUAUCCCCUUUUCUCUCUACCCCUCCCGUUAACCCUCUCACCCGAUCUCACCCCUGAGUCCGAUUGGCUCAGAUUCUGGACCAAGUACAAGAUGGCGGCCACCUCUGGGGUUCCCGGUAGCCUCAGUAACCUAAGCAGCCCUGGUAGCCUCGGCAAUAACGCCCAUUACCUUAGUGCAAUGGUGUCGCCUGUACAGCAUCAUCAGCAAAGCUACACGGUGCCUUACUGCGCCUCUCCCUACUCUCCUCUUCCACCCCCUCCAGCUCCCCCUCACUAUCCCCCUCCUCCUCUUCACCCUCAAACCUCGUCCUCUUCCUCAUCGUCAUCGUUAGAAAACGACGCUCCGUUGGAUCUCGCAAUAAGACAAAGGGAUACGACCGCUGCAAACGCCCACGUGUCAACAAAUGGGGCAGAGAGGAGAAAGCUGGAGUCGCCACGACCCGAAAGGUUGCGAGAGAACUGGAAAGGAGAGAAAAAGGAGGAGGAGAGUACUGAUGAAGGCGGGAACAGGAAGGAGGAGUCGGGAAAGGAAGAGCCGGAUGGUUUGACAAAAGUUGUAUCGUCGAAUCCCACGAUGGUGGAUGUAGCCACGCAGGAUGACCUGACCAAUCGCUGCAUCCACUGUGGGAUCUACUUUUUAGAUGAGGUCAUGUAUGCCCUGCACAUGAGUUGCCACGGCGACCAGGGGCCGUACCAAUGCAGCUUUUGCCUCUACACGUGUGCGGAUCGCUACGAUUUCACCACUCACAUACAGAGGGGCUUACACAGGUACACGGACAAGACGCCGGGACAGAAGGGCCAAUCGCAGGAGGGCGAAACUCCGAUCACCGUGGAGACGUCCCAGCAGGAGACGGGAGAUGUGACUCCAGAGGAAAAGAUGGACGAAGGCGAUCAAGAUGAGGUCACGUGUGGAAGUGAUGAUGUCACAGCAGAGGGUCCUGAUGAUCGAGCAGAGGGAAUUAAAGGCAGUGAUGUCAAUGAUAAUGAAACGGAAGCUGAAAUGGAGGUAGGAGCAGAGAGCCACGACGAAACGAACCAGGAUUUAGGAGGCGAAACGGCGUCGGACGGCAGCGCCGACGCCACAAAAACUAUCGAGGUCACGACUGUCGCUGAGUCUAAAGACGAGGAGGAGAAUGUGGAGAGUAACUAGCCCUGAAACCUCUUACUCUCACAAACCUUUACGAACAUGUUUCAUCAAAUGAAUAAGCUGUAUGCCAUCACGUUCCUGGAGGCUAGCUCAUGUCAAGGCGGGCCUAUCCCGGGCACUAAACGGAACACAUCCUUAUGCUGGAAGCACUCGGCUGUCAAAUGGUCAAAAAAAUCAUCGUAGGAUCCGGCCGCACGGCUGCAGGGACAAUAUGGAGGAAGGGUCUGUCGAGCAAAGGAUCCCUCGACGGCUCUGUAGCAACUUACCCAACAACGGAGUCCGGGCAUGCAGCUGAAAUCACCAUUAAUUAACAGCCACUUGUGUGCUUUCCAAAUAAGAGGAUUGGAAGCUCGACUGAAAGCUCGACUGGUCUCAUUUAGGAUGAGUUCAUGGAGCUCAGCACCUGCACAGCAACCACACAGCAGAGCAAAAAAUACAAAAAAAAUAAUGCUAGAAGCAAAACACUUGAGCUGAGCUGAACUGAGCUGAUCUCCUAUGCACCAGACUGAACCCGAGCCGGCCACGCCUGCUCCCAUGCAUCACUCAGACUGUUAAAUCCCGGUACAACCAGAUCUGAUCUGGUCACUUCGUCCGGAGCAUGUUUUUAACUCUUUUCCCCGCUGUGCAAAUGAACUCAAAACCAAAACUUAUUUUAAAGACUUGAAGUUCAGAACAAAUCCAGUUUGUUCUGGGCGGCCGUUGGAUUGGUGCAAAAAGGAUCAGUCGGGUUCUUUCACACUUUGCUGAAACUGACAGUGUUCGCUCAGAUCAAUGCAAAUUCACCACGGCUGCAAAGUGGCGCAAAAAUGUCGGACUGGUUGGAUUUGAUUUGACCAUGACUUUUUGAACUGCUUACUUAAAACCAGUUUGAACUGGUUGAACCGGUGCAAAGCCGGACCGAAGUGUUCUCUUCAUCCGUUCGGAUCGAACCAAGUGACAAUGUUUUCUACCUUCCUCCGUGCCAUGAUACUAGCUACGUGCCUGGCUGCCUGCCUAAUAGAACAACCAUCUAUUAACCUGCUUAACAUUUAUAUUAAUAAUA